AUGGCUGUUAUACUAAUGCUGGCGUAUGGUUCAUUUGCUGAUCAGGUGGAUAAGAUUACUAGGAUGGAGAAGUCCACUACUCUAGAGAGGGUGGUUAAAUUUUGUGAUGUAAUUGAAACUCUCUACAGCAGGGACUACUUCCGCAAAUCUACGCCUUGGGACCUCCAAAGACUUCUACAGAAAGCCGAAGCUCGAGAUUUUCCUGGCAUAAUUGGAAGCAUCGACUGUAUGCACUGGCAAUGGAAGAAUUGCCCAACUACCUGGCAAGAAGAUUAUGGAAAUAGGAAAGGGCAAAAAAAUAUCAUUCUUAAAGCUGUUGUUGGAUUCAAUACAUGGGUUUGGCAUGCUUUCUUCAGAGUUGCCGGAUUGCAAAACGACUUGAACGUGCUGGGUCAAUCACCGGUAUUCAACAAUGUCUUGAGAGAUGAAGCCUCGAAUAUCUCCUAUGGAAUCAACAAUACCAUAUACUGGAAUUGCUAUUAUCUAGCAGGCAGCAUCUACCCGAGGUAG